GGACGACGAGCUGUUCAUUCAGUGCACUCUCUCACUCAUACUUCUCUAUACCAGUGCAGCGUUUGAUUGUAAAAUACCUGCCGCUCACUGGGAUAACUUCGCAACUCAGUCCGCCUGCUGAGUCAUGGCCAGCACGAAUGGCACUUCACAUCAUGACUCCAAGACCAUUGCUGCAAAGUUAAGCGACCCAAAGGUCGAGAUUAAGCAGAAGAUUCAACAUCUCACUGAGCUGAAAGAACUCGCUGACGCCGCUAAGGAUGCAGAGUACGGCGCCCUCCUCCAGGUGGUCUGGCCCUCGUUGCAGAAGCUCUUAGCGCCAGAGCAUGCAACAUUCGUGAAGGACUCGUCUGAACAGAAAUUGAGACACGCGGUCUUGGACUUGAUCCACCGGCUCCCACACAACGAUGCCUUCAUGCAAUACGCGAACGAGGUCAUGCAGCUCCUUAUCAAACUCCUGCGCGUGGAUAAUGAGGAUAUUGGAACUGCGUGUAUCAAGCUGGUUAUUGAUAUCACGAGGAUGUACAAGCUGACCAUCGAAACGAACAUGGGCGAGUUCCUGAAGGUGGUGCAUGAAAUGUACAGAAACGGAGCUGUCAUUGUGAACGAGAUAUUUGGCGAGCCCAAACAACCUUGCCCGCACUUCCCCAGGGAUGACCUAAAGACUAUUCCCCGAAGCAUAUACAGCUUCAAGGUUCUGGUUGAAUGCCCAAUAGCGGUCGUGAUCGCACUGCAGACGUUUUUCAAGAAUGGAAUGAACGAGGUGGCACGAGAGUAUCUACCGGAUGUUAUCAAUUUCAUGGCUGUCCAAGCUGCUCCCCAAAAGGCCGCUCACGAAGCUGCCACCAUGCGUGGAGAUCGGCAGCUUGGAAUGACAGAUAACAUCCCGAGCGACUUACGACCUGUCUACCUCGACUUUGUCAAUGCCCAAAUCAAAAGCAUGUCCUUCCUCGCAUAUGUCAUUCGUGCUCAGGUGGAAGAUCUGCGCAAGUACGAGAUGCAAAUUCCCGAGAUAUGCGUCCGGUUAUUGCAGGAUAUCCCGAGAGAAAGCGCUGCUGUUCGCCGAGAGCUCCUCAUCGCCAUUCGCCACAUCUUCAACACAGAGUUCAGAGUUAACUUCAAGACCCAAAUCGAUGCCUUCCUGGACGAACGAAUAGUCAUCGGCUCGGGUGCGACUGCAGUCCAGUAUCUGCGACCUCUCGGUUACAGCAUGCUAGCCGACUUGGUUCACCAUGUUCGAGCGGAGCUAAAAAUCGAACAAAUCGAGAAGGUCCUGGUUACCUACACAGUAAUAUGGCUGAACCCAGCACUCGGACCGGACGUCAUCACCGUCUGCGCGAAGCUCCUGUUGAAUUUAGUCGAAUCGCUUGUUAAGUGCUCUGAUAAGCAACGUGCUGGACGACUUCUGGUUCGCCUGGUCGAAAGCAUCGUUCAGAAGCUGAAGCACCUUGAGCUCAUCCGUGUCGAUAUCGUUGCGGUAGAAGCUGAUCCUGAUGGGGCCGAUCAGAUGUCACCCAUCGCCAUUGAACGGUCCAAGCCUUUCGCCGGAGCUGGUUUUGUGCAAGUUGGGCUUGCCGACGCGAAGAAGGACACUCGAUAUCUGGUUCGAUUGCUGAUGCACGGCCUGAGAGCAGUGCUGCAAGGCAUGCGGUCAUUGGAGACGCCCAGCAUGGAUGCGAGCAUGAUGGGAUCCUUGUUCGAGGGCUUCGUUCGCUGCAUGGGGUUCUUCAACACCGAGCGUGCUGAGAGUCGAGAAGAGAAAGAACUCUUAGAGUGGUUGGCGAUCACUUUCUUCGAAAUGGAUCCUCAUGUCGUUCAAGAUGUAUGGAUGACCCAUAUGGACUUCUUUUUCGAGCAAACGAAGGAAGACGCCCAACUUCUGGCUUUGUUGUACAAGCUGACAAGCACGGAUCGCAUAACCCAGCAGAUGGUUUCCAUCCUCUUGCGCUACUUGAUCGAUCGGUACCCCACAUUGGGACACCAAGAUCGGGCAUCCGCGCAGGCCACAUUGAGGUUGUUCAAGGCCUGCUAUCAAGCCACUGCACAGUACCCUGCGCAGAAUGAGAAAGUACUGCAACGACAUCUCGCCAAGCUCAUUCUCGACUCCUUUCCCCUUGCAGCAAAAGCUCCGGAACCCCUCAACUAUUUCCUUAAUCUGCGCAACCUCUUCCGCGCCAUCGGAGGUGGUCGUUUCGAGGCUUUGUAUGGGGAAGUUCUGCCGAUCCUUCAAGAAAUGCUCGAAGCCUUCAACCAGUUCAUUGACUUCGUGGAUCCAGUCCACCAUGACCUGAUCGUGGAACUGGCCCUCACCGUGCCGGUUCGGCUAACACAUCUUCUGCCACAUCUUGGAUUGCUGGUUAAGCCCCUCGUUGCUGGCCUGAACGCUGGACCAGAAAUUGUCUCACAAGCCCUUAGAACCCUAGAGCUCUGUGUGGACAAUCUUACUGCAGAGUUCCUAGAACCGAUCAUCAGGCCUGCACACUGUGAGCUCAUGACAGGCAUUCAUCAGCACCUUAAGCCUCAUCCUUACGACCCGAAACUUGCGCAUGUCUGUGCCAGAAUUCUUGGCAAGCUUGGCGGCCGAAAUCGACGUCUCCAGGAUUUGAGGCUACCAUUCGACUAUAGGAGUGUCGGCGAUGACGCUUCAAUUACGGUCGCGUUUGACGGCACUCAGCGACAACUUGAUAUCGGCCCUGCCGUUGAAUUGGCCGCCAAAUCGGUCGAAAAUAGUACUGAACUGUAUCGCAAGCAAGCUUUCGAUUUCCUGAAAGAAGCCGCAGCAACCAUCAUUCAGAAGGGCGUGCAUUCGACUGAACAGAUCUCACGGUUCGAACAAGCUCUGCAAGGACUCUUUUUGGCCGUCAAGAUGGACGACCUUCGACCUUCAGCUGUCUCUUAUCUCCGAGAUAUGCUCAAGCACGUAUUUGAGGAUGAGUCGAGAAAGAAAACGCCAUCGCCGAGUUCAUCACGCCGAGUUUGGGGCAACAUUGCUACUUGUUUCUUCGAUGCCGUUUCUCAGAGUUUUGCGUGUGUCCCAUCACCAGAGCGUGAAGAAGUACUGAAGUUCUUGCAACAACUUCUGGAUGAUCUCGCCGAAUGGAAGAAACAGGAAGCUCCUGAGGGAUCGUACAACAAUGGCGAGGCCAUGGCUUUUGUCACCCAAUUCACGACUCGCUUCAUUGGUCUAUGUUACCACGCUAAAUGGUUCUUCAAGCUUGCCGGCUUUACCGGUCUAACGCUUUUGACUGCGCGCGACGACUUCACCGAAUAUGUCCAGGACAGACAAAUUGAUAUGGUGCAAGCCUUGCUCUCCGUGCUCAAAGAAACCCCGUAUGGAGCGCCGCAGUACGUCAAGCAGAUAGUGGAUACAAUCCUGUUCAUCGUUCGCGCGGGGCACGUCAAAGAACCCGAUGCGAAGACGAAAUUCAUGACUGGCGUGGUAAUGCUCCGAGAACUUUCGAGCUCCAUUGCUGAGGUUCGACAAGCGGCUCAAUCCGUGCUCAACUUAUACGCGGAACUGGAAGAACAGCCUGUGAGCCAGCUGAUCGGCCAGCAUCGAGACCGACUACUCCUAUCCAUCUACCAAAAGCCGUUGCGCGCCUUGCCCUUCCCCGUACAAAUCGGACAUAUCGAAGCGAUGACCUACUGCCUACAGCUGACUCCACCGUUGGUUGAAGUUAAUGAGGAGCUGUGGCGUCUCUUGAGUGAGGCAUUGGCCCUUGCUGAUGCGGAGGAUAACACGUUGCUCGGCAAGACGCCGCAGAAGAAAAACGUGGGAUUGGUGUCACAACUGCGCGUCGCUUGCAUCAGAUUGUUGACAGCGUCCAUGGGAGUGACGGACUUCAUGGCUAAACAAACCCAAACGCGGCAGAGAGUCACUGGAUUAUACUUCAAAUCGCUGUACUCUGCUUCGCAUGACAUCAAAGCCGCUGCUUAUGAUGGUUUGAAGUUGGUCCUGCAACAUCAGAAUAAACUCCCGAAGGAUACUCUGCAAGCUGGGCUCAAACCAAUUCUGAUGAAUCUUGCCGACGCCAGACGACUAACGGUUCCUAAUCUCGAAGGUCUCGCACGUUUAUUAGAAUUGCUAACGAACUACUUCAAAGUUGAGAUUGGCGUCAAGCUGAUCGAUCAUUUCAAGGUUAUCGCUGAUCCUCAAGUACUGCAAGACUCUGCACAGCAUCCGUUGACCGACAAUGAAGAGAUAAAAAAGCUCGUUCGCCUGGUCAAUGUGUUUCACUUACUCCCUCAGACAGCCAAUGUCUUCCUGGAGCAUGUCCUCCCCCUUGUCGUUCAAACAGAGACCGCCAUCCACGCAUCUGGUACAACGCCCUUUACCGAGCCUCUGGCAAAGUACUUGGAACGAUUUCCAGAAGAAGCCUUCGAACAGCUUGUUCAGAAUCUAGAAAAUAUGGCGUACGUGAGGACAGUUCGAGCUUGUCUCAAUUCUGGUUUUGCACCAUCUCUCCAGACCACCUUGAACCGACGCAUCCAGCAAGUUGUCAAUCUCUGCUUUGCUUCCGAUCGAGUUAGCAUGCUCAUUCCAGGGUUGCUUCUUUGUCGGGACAUGGUUCGUGCCAGUCCGGGUUGGCUCAAUGAGCGACCACCAGUAUUUCAGGUGAUCAUCAAAUGGUGGCGUGAAAGUGCUUUCGGCGAGUAUGAUCCAUCGGCUGUCUGGCCAACCACUCGAGCUCAUCAAGCAUCCAUCACACUUGAUAUUCUAAUGGCCCACCUCGAGCAUGAGCCCACCCCAGAAGUCCUCGUAGACCUCGCUUUGGCAUUUACGAGGAAGGUCGCCAUCGAUGUCUCCAACUGCAGCCGCUUCAUCUAUGAUUUGUUGCGUCGCCACAAUGAUACGGCCUUCAAGUCGCGCAUGCUUGCCCACACAUUGGUCAUGCUGAAUGACCAAUCCCUUUCCUUGGAUCACAAAACUAGUUUCCUGCGUAUCGUGAUCAACCCCAUGCUAUAUCUAUCGUUGACCGAGGGAGGGGAGGAAUUCGUGGACGCGCAAUUCAUUGCACAAGCUCAUGCGACACUCUGGCAUAAACUGUCCACGCUAGACACUGGAACUUUUCAGGAGUCCGAAACGCCAUACGUAAUCGAAGUCCUAUGGUUUUCGACCAGCCUAAUGCGGCUCGCCCCCAAUCUAAUGACAGAAGCGCGUAAGGAUAUAAUCAAAUGCGGCUGGAAUCACAUCACCAGUGACGACAUAAUUCUCAAGCAAACCGCAUAUGUGUUCCUUGCGCAAUUCCUGGAACUCUUCGACUCCCCUGCAAGAAUCGUACAGCGGGUCUGGGCGGGUCUUGUCCGUACGCAUACCACAGAAGGGCGUGCUUUAACCAAACGAGCUCUGGAUAUUCUCGCCCCGGCUUUGCCAAAGAGAAAACCCGCGACGGAAGGAGGCGCAAAUGCCAACUGGUGGGCCAAGAAUACCCGGAGAGUUCUGACGGAGGAGGCCAGCAGCAUGUCCCAGUUAACAAGCGUCUACCAACUCAUUUUGCGCCAUGACAAUCUCUUCUUCGACAGUAGAGAACUAUUCGUCAAUCACAUGGUACACUCUCUGUUCAAGCUGGGUAUCGCGUCAAGUGCUACUACAGAAACAAGGACACUCGCUGUCGAGACAGCUGAGUUAGUCGUACGAUGGGAACGACAAUCGAUGGCAGAAGGCGUUGGAGGAUACAGAAUGCCGGUACAGUUGAAAGAAACUGUCGUCAGCUUCUUGGUUCGCUUUAUUUGUACCGCGCAAGAGUCAAUCAGUGCAGGAGGAUUGGUCGGCAAGAUGUAUGCCUUAUUGACUGACGUGCUGCCGUCCCCAGAGUGGCAGGAUGUUCACGUCGUGCUGUCCUUCUUCAUGCGUAAUCUUGUCCAAACGGACUACAAUAAUGAAACAGCAACGACAUUCCGAAAUAAUGCCGUUGUGCUUGCCGCAGUGGUGGACAGGCGCUCUGCGGAUUGGUUCAGAUCGCAGGCGACGACCCUGCUCGACCUCCUACGAAAGCCGCUGCUGAGUGAUGAUACUAUCUUGCACGAAUCGCUGGCUGGGGUAGUAGACCGAAUGUUCGACUAUAUCCCUGAGUCACCCGAAGACCAAGAAGAAGCAGAUGGUGUCGCCAAUUGGUACACAUGGGCUCAGGAAACUAUUGUCUCUGGCAUCACUUCCGUAACUGGGCUGCAGGGCGCUUUGUUCCUUCUUCGUAGUUGGGCAAGACACAGGCCAGAAAAAGUCGACGUUUUCGCAUCGUCCCUUGCAAACGUCAUGGGCAAGCUCGCCCGGGCCCACGUCGCGAUGAAUGAUGCUGCGCCAGCCGCAAUGUCCGCAGAUGCGCGAUCUAUGCGCACGAUACUAGAGCUCUUCCAGGAUCGUCUGGGGCCACUCGGAGAACCUCGAAGACUCAUGUUCAACAUCUUGUCUGGCAUCGUGGACAAGUCGAACAGCCAGUCCAUGUGUCGUGCCAUUCUCGAUAUGGUGAGGAAGUGGAUCUUCGAGCGAACGGAUGGCUCGCCUCCCCUGAAGGAUAUCGCUGUCAUGUUGCACAAAGUCGUGUCCCUGGAAACGAGAGGCGAUGAUGCCCUAAGGACACAGUAUUACAGCAUCAUACGCGACAUCUUCCAUGACCAGUCGUUACAUCGGACUGAUCUGACAGUUCGACUCGAAGGAGCCUUUUUCACCGGCACGCGACUCAAAGAUCCAGUCUUACGUAACCAAUUCAUGGAGCUGCUUGACAACACAUUACCUCGGUCUCUCAUGCUGCGCUUACAAUAUGUGUUCGCAUCCGUAUCUUGGGACCAUAUCGCGGAUUCCUACUGGAUGCAUCAGGCCCUGGACCUAAUCCUUGGUGCGACGGAUGACAUCGCGUACGAACAACCACCCCAGGAUGCCAUGGACGUCGAUCUACCCACCUCAGAAUUUAAUGCAGCCCUUGGACGACGAAGCAGCGCAAAGCUAGUCUCCCUCCUACGACUACUCAUUUGGCUGGACGCGGAUACAACCCACGUCAUCUGGGUCGGCACAUUCAGGUCUUUCUGGCUUUGCUUGUCGCGCAGAGCGCAGAGCGACAUGCUCCCCCUCAUCGUAACACAGCUUGGACAGCCAUACCACCGUAAACAGGCCGGAAAGGAUCCCAAUGUGCCUAAGACGCUACUUGCUGGCCUGGCCGGAUGUUUCCCGCCCAUUGCUCUGCCACCCCAUCUCGUCAAGUACAUAGGGAAAAGCUUCAAUGCCUGGCACGAUGCCAUCGAAUUACUGCAGAUGUCACUAGGCUUGAUCAAGGACGAUGACGGAUUUCAAGAGAAUACCCUGGAUUCACUUGCGGAAUUAUAUGCGGAGCUGCAGGAAGAAGACAUGUUUUACGGCGUGUGGCGGCGCCGGGCGCUACACUGGGAAACCAAUGUUGCUAUGUCAUUCCAGCAGAAUGGGUUAUGGAAGGAAGCCAUCACCAUCUAUGAGAACGCGCAACUGAGGGCGAAGAACACCACACAUCCGUCAACUGAGGCUGAGCACAGUCUCUGGGAAGAUCAUUGGCUACUUGGCUCACAGAAGCUCGGUCAAUGGGAGAUAUUAUGGGAAUAUAGUCGGAGCGUAAACGAUCCCGAUCUGAUAUUGGAAUGCGCGUGGCGUACCCAGGACUGGACCGCGGAUCGAGACCCUAUUGAAAAGGCAUUAGAAGCAGUUUCAGACACACCAACGCCACGUCAUUCAGUUUUUGAAACUUAUCUCUCGAUUCUGAAGGCUUACAGUGCCGGAACGCCCGAUAUUACCGGCUUCAAUGCAUCAAUUGACCGGGCGGUUCAACUUGCACUCAGAAAAUGGGUUGCCCUUCCCGUAUCAGUCUCACCCGCGCAUAUUCCAUUAUUCCAUCACUUCCAGCAGCUCGUUGAGCUCCAGGAAAGCCAGCAGAUAUUCCAUAGCAUACAGAAUACUCAAGCGACCAACUUGGAGAAGAAAUCGGGCGAGCUGAAGGUCAUUCUUCAAGGAUGGAGAGAACGUCUCCCCAAUCCGUGGGACGACAUCCAGAUCUGGAGUGAUCUCGUGGCAUGGCGCCAGCAUAUGUUCACUGUGAUCAACAAGGCCUAUUUGCCUUUGAUUGCUCAAGUACCGAAUGCCGGCACAGCGACAGCGAACAAUAACACCUUCGGCUAUCGAGGGUACCACGAGAUGGCUUGGAUUAUCAACAGAUUUGCGCACGUAGCCCGCAAGCAUGAGCUAUGGGACCUCUGCCAUACGUCGCUCACCAAGAUUUACACACUGCCCAACAUCGAGAUUUCAGAGGCAUUCCUCAAACUGCGGGAACAAGCGAAGUGCCAUCUCCAGCGCCGGGAAUUGGCAGCCGGUCUUGAGGUGAUCAAUAAUACGAACUUGAUCUAUUUCUCGGCUCCUCAGAAGGCCGAGUUCUUCACCAUGAAGGGCAUGUUCAUCGCUGCGGCAGGUGGCAUGGAUGAUGAAGCAUACUCCGCGUUUUCCACAGCGGUUAAGACUGAUUUUGCGCUGGCGAAGGCAUGGUGUGAGUGGGGCAAGUUUUGUGACCGCCUCUAUCGAGUUCGAGGAGACACCCAGUUGGCAGCUCAUGCAGUCACUUCGUAUCUUCAGGCUGCAACGAUGUUCAAGAACGCGAAGGCACGUCCGCUUCUUGCUAGGAUACUGUGGCUUUUACGGGUGGACGAUCCGGAGGGACGAGUUACGGCCGCUUUCGAUGGUCAUCGCGGUGAUUACGCAUUUUGGUGGUGGAUUCAUCUCAUCCCACAACUCCUGAUGUCUUUGGGUCACAAAGAGGCGAGGCAAGCUCGUAGCAUCCUGUUGCAAUUGGCCAAGUUUUACCCUCAGGCGUUAUUCUUUCACUUGCGUACCAUGCGAGACGAGGAAGCAUUGGCGAAAAAACAACGCGAAUCACAAGCACAGGCUCGCGCGAAAAUUGUGAAUGCACAGGCUAAUGUCGCUGCUAUGGCUCAGACCGCACAAAUUGGUACCGACGGCAACCAAGCUGCCCAGGCUGCGAACGGGAUGAUUAUAAAGGAAGAGGCACCUGGCACAAACGGAACAAUGACCCUGGCCAAUGUACCUGCUGGCUCCCAGCCUGCGGGCAUGCAGGAGCCCCGUCAGCCUUGGCAGCAUGCUGAGGAGAUCACAACUAUCCUAAAGACAGCCUUCCCUCUACUUGCAUUGACCAUGGAAUCGAUGUCUGAGCAAUUCGUCAAAGGCUUCAAGACCGGCCCAGAGGAGGAAUUGUUACGAUACCUCCAACACAUGGUAAUGGAGGCGUUGAGUGGAUGGGCAGGGCGUUCUAUGCACCCUCAGCCCGGAGGCGAUCCAGUGCCCCCGAGUAUCCUGCAGCAUAUGCAUAGCUUCGCGCCCAGUCUUCCGGAAGGCGUUAAUGUGGAAUUCAAGCGUGAUUUCUUGGAUGUGAAGGUCAAUCUCCGAGAAUACCUCUCAAGGAUUACCGCGUGGCGGGACAAAUACGACAUGCUCGUCGAUCGAAGGCCAAAGUCUGGAGGAUUGGACAGCCUCAGUCACCAUCUAGCAGAGUUCCAACAUUCCAAAUUUGAUGACAUCGAAGUCCCAGGCCAGUAUCUCAAAUUUGAGAACACGAAUCUCUACUUCGUGAAGAUUCUGCGAUUCAAGUCCCAGUAUGAGACGACGCGAGCGUUCGGCGGCACGUUCAAGCGAGUGACGGUCAUGGGCAACAAUGGUGUCAACUACGGAUUCACGGUACAUCACGGAACAAGUCGAGGGAAUCGUCGGGAAGAGCGCCUCACGCAGCUCUUCCGUAUCCUCGGGAGUACUGUGGAAACUCGCAAGGAGUCCAUGAGGCGAGGUAUAAAUUUCUACCUUCCAGCCGUUGUUCCCGUCUCUGCCAGCGUUCGACUCAUCGAGCACAAAUCAUCAGUCAUCUCCUUCCAAGAUAUCAGUGACGAAUACAUGGCCAAGAGGGGCUGGACGAAGGAGCACACCAUUCUUUCGUUCGCAGAUAAGAUGCGUGAGACUAGUCUGGCUCUGGGGCGUCAAGGCAGCCUGCCAGACCGUCUCCAGCUUGGACCACUUCGAUUGGGGGUGUAUGAUGAAAUUCAGACAAAGCUCAUGUCUGACAAUGUGAUGCUGAAUUAUUUCCUUCGCACUUAUCCACACAAGAAGGACCUAUGGUCAUUCCGGAAACAGUUCACCGUACAGACCGCUGUCACUCAAUUCUUGACCUACGUAUUCUCCUUGAGCCAUCGCAUUCCUGGUCGCUUCUACGUAGAUCGCUCGACUGGCAAUAUCUUCAUGACGGAACAGCAUCCGGUCUUGACCAUCGCUGGACCUAAGGCGAACGAAUCCACACCAUUCCGUCUCACGCCGAACUUGCAGCGCUUCAUAACAAAGGAGGGCGUGGAAGGCAUUCUUCCCUCUGCUCUCCUCUGCAUCGCGAGAGCCUUAGCGUCACCGGAGUACGAUCUCGAUAUGGCAUUGCUUCUGUUCAUGCGUGACGAAGUGUCUGCGUGGCAGCAACAAAUCAAGGGCAACCUGAACGAACCGCAGAUUCUCGCGAUUGUUGGUGAGUGCGUAAAGGGUAUCACCGAGAAGGUCGACCUUCUUUCCUGCAAGAUGGGGAGGAGUAAGGGUACUGCAAGCACCGUACCCGUGUUCCAGACGAUUAUCGACCUUAUCGGUACUGCGACCAACCCUCUGGAGCUCGCCAAGAUGAGUGAGCUGUCGAUGCCGUGGUUCUGAGCGGAUGUAAUCAUUUCAGUUUUCAUUCUGUUGUGUUCACGUCUUACAGCAUAUGUACGAAUAUUGCACGGUCACUCUUAUUUGUAUGUUUGUCUGUAUCAUGGUAAUAUUCCAAUUUA